UAUAUGUUUUCGUACCGAUCAGACACACUGAAAUGCCAUUUUGCCAUUUUGUCAUGUUACGAUGAAGUUACUCGUGUUUUGUGUAUUACUUGUAUGUGUAAUCAACGUAAGAUCCCACGAACUAUGCGGAGACUGUUUGAUACUAACACCUUACAUCAAGAAUGGUAGUACAGAUCUCGCAAAGCAACUUUCAGAAGUAAACUCAACUCAAUUUCUGGAUAUAAAGAGUCAUUCGGGGUUUAUCACUGUCAAUGAGAAGUACGACUCCAAUCUUUUCUUCUGGUAUUUCCCGUUUAAAGAGAACAUAAGCACCACACCCCUGAUUAUAUGGCUUCAAGGAGGACCUGGUUAUAGCUCGCUUAAAGGCCUAUUUGAUAUUAUCGGGCCAUUUGAUGUUCGUAGUGGAGAAGUCAAAAAGCACCACAUUUCCUGGAACUCCGACUAUUCCUUACUUUUCUUGGACAACCCUGUGGGAGUCGGUUUUAGUUUCACGGGCGAUGAUCGAGGCUACACUGAAAAUGAAGAUGAUGUUGGAGAUCAAAUGCACACAUUUCUGGUCCAAUUCCUGAAAGUGUUUCCGGAGUUACAAGAUGCACCAUUGUUUGUUGCUGGUGAAUCAUACGCAGGGAAAUACGUACCUGCCUUGGCCAUUCAAAUACAUAGAAGAAUGGAAAAGCAUCCAAUUAAUUUGAAGGGCAUUGCAAUUGGUAAUGGUUUGAUAGACCCUCUGAGCAUGCUGCAUUAUACGGAAUUCUGUCGAAUUCUUGGUCUUCUCGAAAGUCGGGAAUUAGAAGUGCUGAAAACAAUUGAAGACAGCGUUAUUGAGGCCAUAAGGGGGGAGAAAAUGUUGGAUGCCGCAUUGGCGUAUAACAAAACUCUGGAGUACAUAAAGAAACACAGCGGCGUAAGUUUAUUUAACUUCAAUGAUGAGCAAAAUAACAGUGCACCGGCGUUCGAGCACUUCGUUAAGCGAGAAGACAUUAGAGCUCAAAUACACACAGGAAAUGCAUCUUUUGAUUUAAAUAACCAGUAUGUGUAUGAAAAAAUGCAGCUAGAUAUAAUGAACACAACGAAACCGUGGGUUGAAGAACUUCUUGAGCAUUAUGGAGUCCUGUGUUAUAGCGGACAGUUGGAUGUAAUGCUGCCAUAUGGUUUAUCAGUAAACCUCUACUCCAACUUAAAAUGGUCAAAAAGAGAUGAGUAUGUGGAAGCCCCACGACGGCGUCUGCGCAAUGCUGGCGACAAGAGAAUUGUAGCGUUCAAGAAGAAUGGCGGGAAUUUCGCAGAUGUGUUACUGCGGCGCGCGGGACACAUGGUGCCGAGUGAACAACCAGAAAUUGCGAAGUUUAUCAUCGAUAAAUUUAUUCUUGAAUAUAAAGAUCAAUAAUUAUUUUCUACAGAUCAUGA